AUGCUCAACACAUCGAGAGAACAACCGACUACGCUGCACAUCUACAAUUUCGGGAGUGUGUUUGGUAAUCGCAAGAUUAUCAAAGGGGAAGAUAAAACCACAACUUUAUAUUUCAUGCAGAACACUCGGAGUUCGAUGCAUUGGACUUUUGAUCUGCAUGCUGAUGGCUCAGAUGGUCCCCUGCUUUGUCGAGCUCAGUCUUCGUACAAUGGACCACCACUGUUGGAUGAAGUAAACCAUGGGCCUACGAUCUUAUCAAUGACUGGUAUCAGAUAUCCAGUCAAGAUGGAGAGGAAGCGUGGGGCCUUCAACGGAACGGUUUUCUUCGAGGGUCCCAAUCAUAAGGAGUAUCGCUGGCAAACGAGCGCGCGGCUGUUUAGUGCUGCGAUGGAGGUGCGUACAGGAGCCGGUCGAACAUCCCAGCAUUUAUCACGUAGCUCUCGUCAGUGUUUGGAUGCCGAGGACGCCCUUAUAGCGACAUAUCGUGUUACAUCCAUGUCAGUGACGAAAGAUGGUGUUCUUGUUGUUCAACCCUCGGGGAAAUUCAUGCUGGACCUGCUCGUCGCUACCAGCCUUGCGAUGCGCACGCCCAAUAACUGA